AUAAAUUCAUCCUCCCAUAAUGCCAUAUUUAUACCUGGAGACAAAAGCGAACCAUGAGAAACAUUCUUGUGACCGGUCUAAGCCCACCUUGCAAGCAUUUAUAGAACGUGUAUCACACGCGGUACUCCAUAAUAUCUUCCUCCUAUACAGGUCAGAUCCAGAGUUUUACGUUCUAGGAGCUACAGGAAACGUAUACAUUGUUAACAUAACGGCAACCCCUUCAUGCACGUGCCCGGAUCGUGCCACCCCAUGCAAGCACAUUCUAUUCGUGCUUAUCAGGGUUCUAGGGGUCCCACUUGACGACCCUAGCCUAAAGAGUCAAACCCUAAACCCUUGCCACCUAGAGAGGCUUCAAGCCACCUCUAGUUCUCCAAAAUCUCUGGCAAGCCGGACUCUACGUCAGAGGUUCCAUCAGAUGUUCUUCUUGAAGAAGGAGUUAGGCAUACAGGGGGCGAGUAUAAAGCCGUGCAUGGAAGCAGAUGUUGGUGCCACGUGUCCUAUCUGUCUUGAGACUGGGAGGUCGGGAGAUAGAAUGGUGGCAUGUGAAACGUGUAAGAUUCCUAUCCACGAGGAGUGUUUGAUGACCUGGAAAAUGACUCAAAAGUGGAAAAUAUUAACAAAAUGUGUAACUUGUAGGUCACAAUGGAGACUUAAACGAGAUCAAGAUAGAUAUGUGAAUCUAUCUAAUUAUGUUAGUGAAGAUGAACUUAAGAUGAGCCCCCCAAAAGGAAAGGAGUAAGGGUAAAUGGGUAAAUGGGUAAAUGGGUAAAUGUUUAUCGUGAUAAAUUGUUGACCAAGUAGAUCCAUACAUUUUAUUUUUAUUUCUUGGCUUGGCUUCUUGUCAUGUCACAAUACACUGUAAAGACACAUACAAUGUAAAGACAUAUACAAUGUACAGAAUUGUGUAAAAUUAAUUUCGAUGUUUCCUCUUUAACUUUGUAAAAACAGUGUAGGUUGUAUAUCAAUUGUUAAUAUUAGAGCUUGAAAAGAACACAUACUAAUAUAUAUAUUAAAAGAUGU